AUGGUGAGAGUGUCACCCAAGACAAGGCUGCAGCCCCCCAUGCCCCACCUCCCAGCCCCAGCCCCAGUCCCCAGCCUCCAGCCCCUGCCACCAGCCCCCAGCCUCCAGCUCCCAGUCCACCAGCCCCAAUCCCCAGCCCCAGCCCCCAGCGUCCUCAGCCCCCUCCCAGCCCCAGCCCCACCAGCCUCCGCCCCCAGCCCGCAGCUCCCAGCCCCAGCGCCCCCAGCUCCAGCCCCCAGCUGCCCACGCCGACCGCCCAGUUCCCAGGCCCCAGGCCCCCCUGCCACCCUAGCCAAGCCCCAGCCCCCAGUCCCAGGCCCCAGCCCCCAGUGCCCAGUCCCCAUUCCCGAUCCCAGUCCCCCAGCCUCGUCCCCAGUCCCCAGCCCCAGUCCCACAGCCCCCGGCCCCCGGCCCCCAGCUAUCUAG